AUGGGAAAUGGACGUCAAGGUGCAUGCCAUCAGCAAGCGGCCCAGCAAGCCCACCAACGGUUGUUCGCACAGCAGGUCAGCCCAGCGGACAGUACGUCGCCGGUGCACUCGGAACGUUCGUACCUCGGCAGUGUCGGGCUGGCAACACUGGCAGCGGGUGUAACCGGAACGGCCGGUGAUCUUUCCGUCGCGCACCUGCCAUCGGCACGGACCGGGUCCGGAUUGCGUACACCGAGCCCGUCCGAUUCGGAGCGGGGCGAUCCGCACCACAUGCACGGUGAUGCGCACACGGAAAACUCGGACGACGUCGACAUCGAGGAAGGCUGUGACGAUGAGAUCGACAUGAUCGACGAUACGGACGAUGGCAGUAUGCCGACCGAACGUGGCCACCAAUCGAACGGGCUCGGGCACAAGAAGCGCAAACGGCGCGUCCUAUUCUCCAAGGCACAAACGUACGAGCUGGAGCGUCGGUUUCGGCAGCAGCGGUACCUGUCCGCACCGGAACGGGAACACCUUGCGUCGCUGAUCCGUCUCACCCCGACGCAGGUGAAGAUUUGGUUCCAGAACCAUCGGUACAAGACGAAACGGGCCGCCCACGAGAAGGGUGCGCUCGACCAUCAUGGUGGCCAUGGCGGAGGAAACGGGGCAGGAGGAUUACCGUCACCACGGAGAGUCGCUGUGCCGGUGUUGGUGCGCGACGGUAAACCAUGUCUCGGCGGUAGCAAGCAACCGCACGACCUACUGACGGCAGUUCCUGGGACGGCCCAUCUACAGCUACCACCCGGAUUUCAGCACGCAAGUCUACUCCAUCAUGCAGCAGCGGCAGCUGGACGCUGGUGGUCGUAGAACACACUUGUGUAAAAUGUGUACAUACGGAGCCCGGGAUUGUAAUCCGGGCUCACCUUAACAAACACAAACAGUCACUUGGUAUUGCUAUAGAUGUGUUCAAUGUGUUUAGUAGAUAUGCGGAUAGUGAAGAUCUCUGGACAGAAAAUUUGGACAUCUCCAAAUCUUCAAAGUAGCGCAAUAUGUAAAAAAGAAAAACUUAACCGCAAAAGAACAGGGAAUUCGCAGUACUCAACUGGUACGAGUAUCUCACAUGUAAGGCUUUUGUUGGACGGACUCUUUUGUCUCGUGCUCUGGACAGACCUUACCCAUGUCUAUGUUUGGAGAGUUUGCUCCUGAAUCUCGCACAGCUAGUUGGUAAGUUGUAGGUAAAAAGGUACAAGAGAUUAUAGUAUUUAAAUACGGUUAUAGUUAAUUUAUGUAAAUCUUAGUUUCCCACCUCAAAACCGUCAAAAAGCAGUAAGAAAAAAAUAAAAUAAUUAUCCAAAAACUUUGGCCCGUUUUUUUCUUUCUUCUCCACAACACUUGUCACUCUUCUUCAGCCAAUUCGAAAAUUCACUU